GAAAAUCAUGAUGCCACGGAAGAAGUUAAUGCUCGUAAAUUUUUCUACAACAUUGUAAAUGCCAUCAGCAACGACUCAGAGGCUUCACAAGAAGUUCAAGAGUAUGAUAUCAAAGAAGCAAUUGCCAGAUGGAAAGAUACAAGGAAUAAGCGUAUUUUGGGUGACGUGACCAACCUGAUACCUGUACCUGUAGCAAGAGAAAAACGUAAAAAUUAUGACGCAAAUAUUAUAGACAUUUCUUCAAAAAGAAUGAAAGUACCAGUUAAUAGUGUGACUACCUUCGAGGCUAGUUCCAAUAUGCAGUAUCUAUCACCACAAAACGCGCUUGCCUGUAUUCCACCGAUCCUCGAAUAUUCUCCAUUUGCUUGUGAAUCAAAAAGUACAACAUCAGUAGAUAGUAAACCACCAAAGGAGGUUUUUUUGUGGGAAGACUUUUUAGAAAAGGCUAACGAACAUCUCUUUGACCAACAAAAAAUGAUAUUUGAAAAGCUACAGUUUCAUUAUAAUCGUCCGUUAUUUAAUGAAGCAAAUAUUUGCGAAGCCGUGAAUACCAAUAUUAAUUCAAUCUUAAAUGAACUAAUGGGAAUAAAUUAUGUGUUUUCAAGCCAGAAACCUUAUGUCAGUGAGCCUGACUUUACAUGUUAUCACAAUGAUGACUUGAUUAUGGUAGUAGAAGUUAAGAGAAAACAUAUUUUGGAGAAAAUAAGCGAACGAACAUUAUCAGAAUUUUAUAUGACGAAUGAUAAAGCCAAAAUGUCAGAGGUGCUUUACAUUUCAAAGACACUUCCAUUACAAUCAAAAGCACCACCA